UGGGAAAUUGCACAAAGCAAGGGCAAAUAUAAAUUAAAUAUGUAAGUAUAUCACAAAUUAUGGUUAACUUUCUUUUUAUUUUAAACAAACUAAAUUUUUCUUGCACACAACGCUCACGACGACGACGUUAGCAGCGACGCUGGCGCGGAUUUAAUAGACCCGAUUGGCUAGCGCUCGACGAUUAUUUGUAACAAAAAUUGUAAAAUCAUUUACAAAUUAUGCCAAAUCAACACGGCGCGCACGCACACAAAGACACAAAGCCAGCCAGCGAAGCAGACAGAGACACAGCGCGUGUAUUGUAUUGUGGAUGACAGUUGUAGUUGUAGCAAAACCUAACGUGGAUUUGAUCCUCCAAACUCGAUGUGAAGUCUCCAAGGUUCAACGCACGAAUGAAACGGCAAAGCAAAACGCAAAUCAGUCGAGUAAAAAUGAAAUUGGUUCUAAAGCAAUUUGUUCGAAAACGCAUUAGCUGCAACUUCCUAUAUAAAUGGCCUUAUAAAAUUGUUCAAUUAUGUCACUGCCGCUAAUAACAGACUAUGACAUACAGGAGAAACUUGGAGUGGGCAGCUAUGCAUCCGUCUACAAGGCGCGUCAUAAAAAGCAGAACACUUAUCAUGCCAUCAAGUAUGUGGAAAUGUCCACGUUAUCCCAAAGCUCGCGCGAUAAUUUAAUAACGGAAAUUCGACUGCUGCGUGACCUCAAACAUAAAUACAUCGUGACGCUUCAGGACUUCUUCUGGGAUGACAAGAACAUUUACAUUGUACUGGAGUAUUGUAAUGCAGGAAAUUUAUCUGCCUUCAUACGCACCAAAAAGGCGCUGCCGGAGUCGACAUGUCGAUACUUUCUACGACAGUUGGCAGCUGCGGUUCAGUAUAUGCGAGCCAAUGACGUCUCACACUUUGAUCUGAAGCCACAGAACUUACUGCUAACGCGCAGCGCCAAUAAUGUCUAUCUGAAGGUGGCAGACUUUGGAUUUGCGCAACACCUUAAACUGGGCGAGCUCAAUCAACAGCUGAAGGGCUCGCCGCUGUACAUGGCGCCAGAGAUUGUGCGUAAGCAUCAGUACGAUGCCAAGGCGGAUCUGUGGAGUGUUGGCGUCAUUCUAUAUGAAUGCCUGUUCGGAAAGGCGCCCUAUAGCUCGCGCACCAUUGAGGAACUGUUGCUGCGCAUCCGGAAGGCCGAGCCCAUUGUGCUGCCACCAAAUGCGCGAAUCAGUAACGAAUGCCACGAUUUGUUGCGUCGUCUUCUGGCUCACGAGCCAGCGCAGCGCAUUUCGUUUGCGGAUUUCUUUGCACAUCCGUUUUUAGAUCUCAAAACUUUUCCCUCGGAACAAACGCUGAAGAAGGCAAUUGACCUAGUCACCCAGGCGGUGGGACACGAUGAGAAGCGGAACUAUAAGGAGGCCUACUACUUGUAUUGCAGCGCAUUGCAAUACUUUGUGCCGCUGAUAACCGAGGAAUCGGAUGCCAGCCGGCGCCAAGAGCUGCGUAAUCGAGCUCUAACCUACAUGAAACGCGCCGAGGAGAUAAAGAAUGUUAUAAUCGAGGAUGAGUACAAACUAUUGGCCCAAAGACAACAGAAAGCAUUUGAAAAGAGCGUCGCUGCCACAACUGCUGAAGCUGCCAAUCAUCAGACCCAGCCCAGCACAUCGCGCAUGAUGGAAAUGCUUGAGCCGGAUGCGCGCUAUAAGCAGCUUUUUGCUCUAUCCAAUUCGAGUCCCUCUUUGAAGACGGGCCUGGAAAUCGGACGGCAGGGCGAACUGUAUUUGUACGAGCGCAAACUGGACGCCGCCUUGGAGUCAUAUACCUCUGCCCUGGGCAUUCUGGUGCCGUUUGUGAACAACGAGCCGAAAGGUGAGCGGCGCAAUCUGCUGCUGCAACAGUUGGAGUUCUGGAUCAAGGAGGCUGAGAGCAUUAAAAGUAUAUUGAGCGCGAAGCACCUGGACGACGAGGAGCAAAAGAUGUCCACGGAGCAUUGCCACACUUUCUUCCGGACUUCAAGCCACACGUUUAUUUAUUCUUAUGCAUUGUGAUUACCUUAAUUAAAAUGGUUUAGUCAAUGACUCGCGUCUAGCAUAAAGUAAAAUUAAAG